UUUUUUUUUUCCUUUUUUUUUUAAAAAAAAACAAUACCUUAAAUUUGUUUGGUUGUCUUGACAACUGACUCUAAUUAUAAAUACCGCUAUUAUUAAAAAAAAGAAUAUACAAAUAUACCUAUAUAAAUAUAUGGAGAUUUUGGAACUGGUUCAUCACGAAACUACGCCUGGUUUAGAAAAACCUUUUUCGUGCACGUUUAAAGACUGUAAAAAGACAUUUGGUAGAAGAUCUGAUUUAGUUAGACAUUCGCGUAUUCAUACAAAUGAAAGACCAUUUCAGUGUCGUUUACCUGAUUGUGGAAAAAGUUUUAUUCAGCGUUCUGCAUUAACUGUACAUAUGCGUACACACUCUGGUGAAAGACCUCAUGUAUGCGAAUUUCCACUUUGUAACAAAAGCUUCAGUGAUAGUAGUUCUCUCGCUCGCCAUAGGCGUACGCAUACAGGGAAAAGACCUUAUAAAUGUCCAUUUGAUGAUUGUUUAAAGAGUUUUGUACGUAAAACGAUUUUAACAAAACAUAUGAAAAAUGAUCAUACAACAAAUGGUAGAAGACCUUCUUUACAAUGGCAACCUUUUAUUGAAGAAAGACGUAAGGUGAUGCUUCAACAACAACAACAACAACAACAACAAGCUGCUUGUGCAUGCACAGCAGACUCACCUUAUUGGUCUCCACCCACUACGCCUGCUUUAUCUGUUUUUGAGGAUAACUUAAGUAGUUGUUCAUCUGUUCAUUCAAGAUUAUCCCCUAUCGACCCUUGGUCAUCUAAUAUUAGCCUUCCUAGUUUAUCUAGUUUAGAUCUCUUUAAUGAAAAGCAACACUACAAGCUCUCUUCCCUAGUAUCAAUAAGAAGAGAUAGUGGAAUUUCAUUAUUAUAUCCUUAAACCUAUACAUACCCAACCCUUUCCUCUUCCUCCUCCUCUUUUAUUUAUUUACUUUACUUUACUUUAUACAUCUCCUCUCAUCUACUCCCUCUUCCUUUAUUUAUAAUAUUUAUAUAAUCUAUUUAUUAUAUGCACUUUCAAAAGAAAAAAAAAAGCACAGUAUAUCCUCUUCUUCCUACUCCUCCUCCUCCUCCCCCUUCUUUUAUGUUUAUAUGUUCUAUAUGUUCAUUUAUAUGCAUCUCCCUUUUUUCUAUAUUGUAUGUCAUCAUCAUCAUCAUCAUACUUCUCUUUCUUUUAUUAUUAGCGCAUUAUCUUUUUUUUUUUUUUUAUUUUAAAAAAAUAAAUCUUGACAAUUGGAUAGUAUCAUGUUUACAGUUUCAAUUUCAAAUUCUACCAUUGUUUUUA